UUACGCGCGCGCCCCGGUAUUUGCGAUAAGGUCUAUACCACGUGUAGUGAUGAGUGGAUGAACAGCAAUCAUUACUGUAUGAUUCAAUCAUGGCUGCGAACAGUGAGCAGGAAACACACCGAUCGGGGCCAUUUAAGCAACACAAUAAAACACAUAAGACUGGUAGACAUCGAAGUAAAGGACAGAUAGAGACAGUUGGUAAAGGUAGAGUGAGUGUUAAGACCCAAUCAAGAAAAAACAAACAUGAAAUCAGUAAAGUCAACAGACGUCAUCAGGCAGUCCAGAGGAGACAGACUAAGAGGGAAGAAACCUUAGCCAGGAAGAGAAACGUCGGAGGCAAAGACACCCCUCCCCAUCUUGUGGCAGUGAUUGGUCUACACCCAGACUGCGAUGCCAAGGGAUUGGUGGAGAAACUACAGUCAUGUGACGAGUCAGCCAUCCAAUCAGUGAACAGCAAUGGCAUCAUUACUGAUCUAUGUGUGCCAAGAUUCAACAAGCGUGUGGCGUUUGUAACCCCACCUCCUGAUAUGACUUCCAUCUUAGAUGCUGCUAAGACUGCAGAUUCCUUGCUUUGUUUGGUAUCACCCUUAGAAUGCUGGGAUUCUUGGGGUGACCUCUGUUUGACCUGUCUCUUCUCUCAGGGGUUGCCUGCCACUACAUUAGUUACACAGGGCUUGGAUAAGGUACCGAUUAAGAAGCGAAAUGACAUCAAGAAGGUCCUCCAGAAGAAGAUCGAGAAGAGGUUUCCCGAUAAGAAGUUGUACACAUUGGAUACGGAGCAGGAGGGGCUGUUGCUUCUACGUCACUUGACCGAUCAAAGACUACAGCCAAUCAAAUGGAGGGAUACAAGACCGCAUCUUCUAGCUCGAGCAGUGACCUUUGAACCUCAAGAGGAAGAGGGAUCCAUAGGAACGCUGAAGAUGUCUGGAUUCCUGCGUGGUUCACCCCUCACCGUGAAUGGAUUGAUCCACUUACCAGGGUUUGGCUCGUUCCAGAUGAGUCAGAUUGAUAUGACCCCUGACCCCUGCCCUAUGACUUCUAGAGUUCAAAAGAGAAAGACGAAAGGGCAUGAAUCCAUGGAGGCUGAUGAUGAGAGUCAAAUGGAGGAAGGAGCGAUUGUAUUAGACACAGCUGACCCGGAUAAACAAGAAAGCUUAGACAGUGAAGCAGUCCCAGAUCCCAUGGAGGGUGAACAAACAUGGCCGACAGAGGAGGAACUCGCUGAAGCAGAAGCUGCCCUAGAGGAGUCCAACACUAAGCAGACAGUGAAAAGAGUCCCUAAAGGAACCUCAGAAUAUCAAGCUGCCUGGAUUGUAGACAGCGACCAUGAAGGCCAAUCUUCAGAUGAAGAUGAUAGUGAAGAUGAAAAUGAAGAUGUUGAAUUCCAUGAUGCAAGAUCUCAGGAUGACAGUGAUGAUGAAAGACAAGCCCCUAGUCAAGCAGAUACUGAUAUGGACUUUGAUACCGUCAGUGUAACCGAGGGCAACAAGGCCAACUAUGAUGUAGAUUUCGAUGAAGAUCAGGAAAAGGCAAUGCUUGAGAAGUAUCGAGAGGAACGUAUGCAGGUCAUGUUUCCUGAUGAGGUCGACACACCUAUAGACCUAGCAGCAAGACAACGCUUUGCAAGAUACCGAGGGCUAAAGAGUUUCCGAACGUCACCUUGGGACCCCAAAGAGAACCUUCCCCAAGACUACGCUCGUAUCUUCCAGUUUGAGAACUUCAAUCGGACAAGGAAACGAGUCAUGGCUGAGGAACGACUGGGAAGAGCUGAGCCUGGAUGCUACAUUACAGUUCAUAUCUCAAAUGUCAAUCAAAGUUUCAUGGAUGACUACAAUCCCAAGAAACCUCUGGUUGUUUUUGGCAUGCUGCCUCAUGAGCAGAAGAUGUCUGUGUUGCACUUUGCCAUCAAGCGAUACCACAACUUCACAGAACCUGUGAAAUCAAAGGAGAGACUCAUCUUCCAAGUUGGUUUCAGACAAUUUUCAGCAUGUCCCAUCUUCUCUCAACACUCUAACGGAGACAAACAUAAGUAUGUACGGUUCUUAUCGAAGGAUGAUGCUGUGGUAGCUACAGUGUAUGCACCCAUCACAUUUCCUCCUACCACGGUUCUUGUAUUCAAACAGAACAUAGACGGAACUCACAGUCUUGUAGCUACUGGUUCCAUGCUAAGCGCUAAUCCCGAUCGCAUUGUCACUAAGAAGAUUUCCCUAAGCGGUCAUCCAUUGAAGAUAAUCAAUCGCCAAGCUGUUGUUAGAUACAUGUUCUUCAACAGAGAGGACAUCAUGUGGUUCAAACCAGUGGAGCUACAUACAAAGUGGGGACGUCGAGGGCACAUCAAGGAACCCUUAGGCACUCACGGUCAUAUGAAAUGCAUCUUUGAUGGCAAGUUGAAAUCUCAAGACACGAUCUUCCUGAAUCUUUACAAGCGAGUUUACCCUAAGUGGACCUACGACUCAACAUGUCAACGAGCUCUUAAUGUAACAUCAUGCACACCAAUGGGCGAUAUGACACACGAUGAGGACAUGGAUGAUUACUAAAUCAUUGUGCAAAGAAUAUUUAUAAUUGAAUUAUAUUUUCUUUUAAUCUGAUGAACUGGGUCAAAUUUUAUCGAACUACUUAAAAGCCGAGUUUGUGUUUACUGCGCUAGUUUCCAUUUCCUAUCUCUGCUAACCGUAAGAACACAAAAAGGCAUACUAACCUUUCAGUGCUUACUGUAUGAGAACAAUUGACAUACAUGUACCAAUUUAAAUCCAUUAUAGGUGCGCCAGCUGGCCGCCUCACUUUUUGCUAACCUAUAAAAUAUGCUGAAAUGCUUAACAAAAUUGUUCUGCUAUAGUUAGUGUGAAAAUUUGCUUACCGUUAAGCAGCGUUAUGAAAUUGGCCCCUCGCUUCGCCUUGGUGCCCAUUCAAAAGGUUCACGAAGGACUUUAAAAGAUAACCAUGGAAUUGUCCAUUGCCCUGUCAAAGAUGAGAUUCUAGGCCUGCACUUAAAGACACUAUUGGUAAACCAGUCUUCUCACUUGGUGUAUCUCAACAUAUGCAUAAAAUAACAAACC